GUGCAAACACGGUUGUGUUGCAGAUUGAUUUGAUUUGAUAGAUGGGUAUGGAUUUGUUAUGAAUAUUAUUGUGAUUUAAAAUUUAAUAGUAUUAAAUAGUAUUUAAAUAGUAACUACUAACUACAUACUACUGGGUUAGAACUACCGAGUAGUUUUUAUUUCAUUAAUCUAAUAGACUUUCUGAAUUUCAACAUUAAAGUUUUACCUAUUAAUGCGUGUAUAACAAUAUCAGGAAGUAUAAAUAUUCUCGUAAUGUCGUCAAUCAUGAUGGACGAUAGUGGAAUAGACAGUGAUACUACAAAGCGUCAUAAAACCACAAUCGAAGAAAAUGACAGAAACAGUGACGAGGAUAGCAACACAAGUGAUUGCUCGAUGAGAGUUACAAAACCUUCAUUUUUUCAGAAAAAAUUGGAACAAUAUGCUAAACCAGGCUUGAUGGAGUACAACCAAAUGGCUGUUCCGACCAGUAAAUCGUCCAAGAUAGAUAAAUUGCCAGUGUUAGUAGAUUGGGAUUCAUCUGACAGUGAAAUGGAAAUACGUUUUUUUCCUGGACCAAAGGCUAGGCAAACAUUGAGUGAUACUUUCAGUCUACAAGAAUUUCAUGGAUCUAUAGAAUCUGAAGAUUUAGAUUUGAUACCACCACAACAUACAACUAAAACCGAUAAUCAAUGUUGCAGUUUGGUUUUGCAGAGGUGUGCAAUUCUUUGAGAUCUUAUACUAAUUUUAAUUAACUAACAUAACUUCCACAAAAAUAUAUGACAUACAUUUUAUAUAAAAUAAAUCAAACUUACCAAUAAGCAUUGUGUUUACCAGCUAUAGUAAUAUUGACUGAUGUUAGAAGCUGCAGUGACCGAUGCUGAUAUCGUUUAUGAAUGUUUAAUUAUUGUGUUUCUUCUGUUAUGUCAAUAAAUAAUGUUAUUAAAAUA